UUUUUUCUCCUCCACAUCAUCCGUAGACCGGCUGGAAAUGGCGCAGCAGUUUGUGCAGACUAAAAUCCAAGGAGACAAAGUGGUGCUGUUCAUCAAGCCCACCUGCUCCUUCUGUAUCAAGGCCAAGGACGUGUUAGCCAAAUACAAGUUCAAGCCGGGACAUUUAGAGUGCAUUGAUAUAAGCGGACGCAGCGACAUGGGCACCAUGCAGGACUACUUCCUGGAGCUGACUGGAGCCCGCACGGUCCCACGGGUGUUCAUCGGUGAGGAGUGUGUUGGAGGCGGCAGCGAUGUCGAGGCGCUGCAUAAGAGUGGUAAACUGGAGGGCAUGCUGCAGUCUAUUGGAGCCUUGCAGUGACCCCUAGAUCUCCAGGGUUUUGGCGUCCAAGUGGGGGUCACAUGACAAUGCAGCGGGACUUGCGUAGUUUACGUCGGCGCUGCUGAUACUCACUGAGCUCCUGCAGGUACCCUCUGGACGGCCAGCGUAGCCUCUCCACCUGCUCACGCUCAUCCUCUGGAACACAAAAACACAAACCUUUAGAAGUAAUCUGCCAUACUGACAAAAAUACACUGCAUCAUUUACUACACUUGGCAUUUAUUCACACAGACACAUUCAGUAAUAACUCCUUGGACUGUUGCCAUGAACACGUUCAGGGAGGCUGAAAUAUGAUGCCAUGAUUUUGUUUAUGCCAACAAGCAACUGAAGAUCAGUGGUGAUCAAUCAUGUGCUGUCUUCUUAUUUCGGCCUUUGACUUUCGCUUGUGCCCUUCAAUACCCGUCCAGUGACUUUAAAUGAGUUUUAUGUUUACGACUAAUGAUGACAAUAAAACGUGCUACUGCAACUAACCAG